UCCUGCUGCGUGCCCAGGAGGCUGAGGUGUCCCAAAAGGAGUUGUUCAGUGCUGCAGGAAGCUGGGUUGGUGGCAGGUGUGGCUCCUGAGGGGCCUGGCAGAAGCCCCUGUGCUUUCCUGGAGCAGGUGGCUGCACUCUUUGGGAUGGACUGAGCUGAAGCUUGUUUGGACCUGACAGCUGAUACCUUGAAGCAAAGUCAUCCCAGCCACUCCUUGUUUGGUGACAUUGAGAAACACUAUUUCCAGGAGCAGCUUGGCUAUUCCAAAGUCUUUGACCUCCUCUGAACCUCUCUGUGGCACUGGCAUCUCCCAGGCUGAGCAGUGCUGGUAGUUGGGAAGUCUGAGCCAAACACAAUCAGCUCUCUUGAUGUUUUCCAACCUAGCAGUGCCUGGCUCUUGCUGCCCUGCCCUGCCCCAUCCCUUGGCUGGAGAGAUUCACCAGAGCACAGGAUUUGGGGGGAUCUGCUGGAGCUCCUGGAGACAGGCAGGAAGCCAAGAGCUGGAGCACAGACUGCUGAGCUGGAGGGGGUGGGAAAACCUGUCCAGAAGGGACUCUGAAGGUCCCCUGAGGUCACUGUGAAAUCUGAACAGCACAGCAUCACACAGUUGGGAACUGACCUGCAGAAUCUGGAGCCUUAAAGGAUGUGACAGGGGAAGGAAUAAAACACCCCUCUGAUGGCCCCUGGGAACCCACAUCCUCCCUGCCUUGCUCUGUGCACAGCUGGGAACUCUGCUGGAUGGCGCUGGCACCAGCUGGAGCUGGUCAAGCACCAAGAGAAGCAGCCAGCUCCCAGAAGCAAAGCAGUUCCUUCCCUUUGGAAGCUGCAAUGGGAACACCUCCUAGGCACUGGGGAGGGUGGUGCUGAUGCUGAUGAAAGCAGAUUCCUGCAUUAAUACCAGAUGGAAUGCAGCUGCUCCUUCAUGUGAGAAGCUGGAAGCCUUUGGGUUCCCCACACCUCUCACAGGUGCUGGGAAGCAGCUGCUCCUUCCAUGGUGCCAGUGGUCCCACGUCCAGCUCUGCAGUGUGUCAAACCAAACAUGCUCUGCUGAUUGGGCUGGGCAGAGUCUCCUGUCAAAUUAUUUGUUCUGGCUACAAUUUUGUCUGCUUUGGAAACUUGUCAUUUUCUAGCCUUUGGAGACCACCUCCCAGAAAGCAUGGGAAUUGUAUUUCAUGGAGCCUUUGAGCACUAACAUCACUGCUCUCUGUGUGACCAUUUGAGAGCUGGACACAGCCAUGGGGGACUCUCCAGCAAAUGUCAUGGAUGGAGGCAUGGACACACAGACUGAACUGGUGGAGAGGGUGGCAGCCAUAGAUGUGUCUGUUGUCCCAGACAGAAGUGACCAAAAUGGUGAAGACAACCCUGAAGAAAAUGACACAGUCUUUUCUGAUAACAUGAAGGACAUCCAAAGAAAUGGAGUCAGCAGUGACAUGGGAAUCAAUGAAUUUCUGCCUCCCCAACAGUCAGAAGAUGCUCACUUGAGACAUGUUCCCAAGAGACCUCUAACCAGACCUGGUCUAUCAAGUAGGAAGUUGUCCCUUCAGGAAAGAUCAUCAGGAGCUUAUUUGGCUUCUAGCAGCACUCCAGGCUGUGGUCCUUAUGCCACAGGGCCAUCCCCACGUAUAAUGAGGAGACCAACGAUAGAGUCCAAUCGGGUCUCCAUAUCAGACUCUGAGGACUGUGUGCAAUUAAACCAGUACAAGCUGCAGAGUGAAAUAGGCAAGGGCUCCUACGGUGUGGUGAAGCUGGCCUACAACGAGGACGAUGACAAGUACUACGCUAUGAAAGUCCUCUCCAAAAAGAAGCUCUUGAAGCAGUAUGGAUUUCCACGUCGGCCUCCUCCCAGAGGGUCCAAAGCAUCCUCUGGAGAGCAGCCCAAGCCCAUGGCACCCCUGGACAGAGUCUAUCAGGAAAUAGCCAUCCUAAAGAAGCUGGACCACAUCAAUAUUGUUAAGCUGAUAGAGGUCCUUGAUGAUCCUGCAGAGGACAACUUGUACAUGGUGUUUGACCUCAUGAGGAAAGGGCCUGUCAUGGAGGUGCCCAGUGAGCAGCCCUUCAGCGAGGAGCAGGCUCGGCUCUACUUCCGCGACAUCGUCCUGGGCAUCGAGUACUUGCACUACCAGAAGAUCAUCCACAGGGACAUCAAGCCUUCCAACCUGCUCUUAGGAGAUGAUGGCCACGUCAAAAUUGCUGAUUUUGGUGUCAGCAAUCAGUUUGAAGGGAAUGAUGCCCAGCUUUCCAGCACAGCAGGGACACCAGCCUUCAUGGCACCUGAGGCCAUCUCACAGACUGGCAAAAGUUUCAGUGGAAAGGCCCUGGAUGUGUGGGCCAUGGGAAUCACCCUGUACUGCUUUGUUUAUGGGAAGUGCCCUUUUAUAGAUGAAUAUAUUCUGGGUCUUCAUAAUAGGAUCAAGACCAAGCCUGUGGAGUUCCCAGAAGAAGCACAGAUAAGUGACGAGCUGAAGGAGCUGAUACUGCGCAUGCUCGAUAAAAAUCCAGAAACAAGGAUAACAGUCCCUGAAAUAAAGGUGCACCCCUGGCUGAGCCGGGGCGGCGCGGAGCCGCUGCCGCUGGAGGAGGAGCACUGCUCCGUGGUGGAGGUCACCGAGGAGGAGGUCAAGAACUCUGUGAAGACCAUCCCCAGCCUGCCAGCUGUGAUCCUGGUGAAGGCCAUGCUGAGGAAACGCUCCUUUGGGAACCCCUUUGAGGUCCAGACGAGGAGGGAGGAGAGAUCCAUGUCUGCUCCAGGGAACCUGCUGAUAACACAGGGCAGCAGAGAAGCAGCCAGGGACCCGGAGCUGCCCGACGUGUGCGAGGACGAGGCCGCGGCCUGAGGGCGCGGCUGCCUGGGCUGGCCGCCCUCACCCCCUCAUGGCCCUCACCGCCCAGCCCGGGCCCUGCACGGCAGAACAGAACCACACCGAGCCCAGCAGAGCGGAGCGAGCCAGGAAAGCCAGGAGGGAAGGCCUGGGCUGGCCACCCUCACCCCCUCAUGGCCCUCAUCACCCGGCCCAGGCCCAGCAGAGUGGAGCAAGCCAGGAAAGCCGGGCAGGAAGGUCUGGGCUGUCCGCCCUCACCCUCUCAUGGCCUCACCGCCCAGCCCGGGCCCUGCAUGGCAGAACAGAACCACACCAAGCCCAGCAGAGCGGAGCAAGCCAGGAAAGCCGGGCAGGAGGGUCUGGGCUGGCUGCCCUCACCCCCUCAUCGCCCUCAUCGCCCUGCACGGCAGAACAGAACCAGCCCAAGCUCAGCAGGAACAGAGCAAGCCAUGAAAGCCAGGCGGGAGGGCCUGGGCUGGCCACUCUCACCCCCUCAUGGCCCUCAUCACCCGGCCCAGGCCCAGCAGAGCGGAGCAAGCCAGGAAAGCUGGGCAGGAGGAUCCGAGGAGCAGCGGGAGCCCUGCGCUCCUCCGUGCGUGCCUUGUGCUUCGCCCCAGGAAUGCGGCUGGGCUCCUCUCAAGGGUCCUUUGCCCCCCAGAGAUGUUCUCCUUGUGUUUUUGUGUUCUCUACUUCAAGCAUCAGAGGAAAAAAAUGGCGUUAGAGACUGGUUUUAUGAGUCUCCUCAAGCCAGGUCUCAUAAGGUCUUGGAGAUGUAUUUCACCCUCAAGAUAACUCAGCUACCUUAGAAGGCAUAAAAUCAGCAGGAUGGCUCCUGUGGUAGUGUUGGAAAAUAAAAGGUUUUAAUAAAAGGCAAAAUAACAAACUCUUCACAGAGAAAAACCGAGCCAGGUGUAAGAGUCCUUGCCCCUGGUAAAACACCUCACAAAAGUGAUUUGUUUCUUUGUUCUCUUCCUUUUCUAGUAAAUUGCUCAGGCAGGACUUUUUGGCUCCUGUCCAGUUAGCUAUCCUUAAGUUUGAGGUGAAGUCUCCCAGGUCCUAUGAGAUGCUUUUUCACCUAAUUGAGGAGAAAAACUUCUGGGCUUAUUUCCUUUUUAAGGGGACAAAGGACAGUUUUGUCACUCUGUCAGCAGGGGGCACAUUCCUAUAGGAGGGCAACUCUUUUAUUUAAUGCACUUGUGUACAUCAGGAGUGCUGCUCCUGGUGUGGAGAUGAAGGCAAAAUGUCUUUGGAUAUCAGUGAAGUGAGGAUGAGAUCCCGCUGUUGGAGUGAACACUGUCCCUCCCUGUGUCUUUCUUUCUCUUCCCAUUUCCUGUGGGUUUUUUUUCCUCAGUUUUGCACAGUGUCAGUCCUGCCCCCAGCUGUGGCUUUAGUCAGGGCAGUGCUGUAAAGCAGAGGAGUCACACGAGAUUCCCUGGAUGUGCAGAGAGCCCUGGGAUGGCAUAGAGCCCUGGAGCAUGGGGAUAUGCUGCCACACAGAACAGCUUAGUGCUCCAGGGACAUCUGCCAGGGCUGCCCUUCCCACAGAGCUGGGAAUGCACCCAGUGCUGCACCCAUGGACCAUGGUCUCCAGCUGAAAAGAGUGGCAGGUUUGAGCUUUAUUUUAUUUCAUUUCCUUCUCUUCGCUUAAUCUCAUAUACCUGAUGCUUUUUAAACUUUAAUUUCCUGAAAAUGACCCAAAUUGGGAGAGGUUCCUAGGAUGGAAAAUGUUGGUGGAGGGUUUUUACGAUGACUUUUUUUUAAAGGCUUUAAUUUUUAAUUUCAUUUUAAGACUCUGAUUUUUAUACAUGUGCUGAUGCUGCUAUUUUAUCCAUAUAUUGCUUCUAAACUUGGGGUUAGAAGCUUCAUCUCAAUAGUUUGACAAAUGGUAAGAGGUUACACUUAAAAAGGUAAAUACAAAAAGGAAAAUACAGCCAUUUUUGUGGCUGUUGACUGUACAGACUGUGUGGAUAAUCAGGAAUUUCACUCUUCAAUUCAGAGAGUAAAAACCAGUGACAUCCAUCUGUCAAAAUAUAUGUCAUUAUUUUCCCUUGAGCCUUAUGGGGUCUGAACAUGCCCCUGGGAAGCCAGUGGGAUUGGAAUCUUACUUUAUAGUACUUAAAGAAAGGAGAUGAUUAAAUUUGGUUCCUACAUAAUCAUCUUAGUGUCUGUUUUUAGGUUAAUCCUGAGGACUUGGGACAUUUUUCCUUCAUUUUUUUGUGCAGGGGGACACAUGUACGAGGGUUGUUGGUAGUGACUGGUGUAUCCUGGUGCUCCUGUUCUGUUUGCUGCAAUCUCAUUUGAUGGUGCCCAACAUUUUAUAGCUGGGCUUUGCUGCUGGUGCCUUCUGUCUGUCACCUCCCUUAUCCCAGCACUCCCCAGCCUGGGCUCUUCCUUGCAUCUCACCUGUAAAUAUUGGCAAAAUGGGAAAGAACAUUGCAGCUUCUCUGUUGAAAGGAGACCUUUAAUGCAGAAAGCUGCUGUUGGAUCCUGUAAAGGUUGCUGCUCUGGGGCUGAGCUCUGCCCUGCUGCUUCCAGGUGCUAAAUCCUGCCUGGUUUUUGGUGCCUGCACCAGCUGUGAGCUCAGCAUCCUCUGAGGAGCCUGCCCUGCACCAGGAGGAUGCCUUGAUCCAUUCCCCAGCCUGGGACAUGGGACUUGCUGCUUGUAAUGAAGAUUUAGGUACCCAGAGGUAGGGAGUGAAAAGUCUGAGAGCACAGGGGAUUCUGCAAAUGGGAAAGGUUGUCCAGGUGGAACUGCUGCCUGUGGAAGGGACAGUCUGUGGAUGCAAACUGAUCUGGCCUCCACUUUAUGGAAAAAACUUUCUCCAGCUGGUGUCCCCAGGACAGGGCCAGGGAGGGACCUUGGAGCAAAGACACAUCUCAGGAACGUGCCCUGCCCCAGGCAGAAAAGGGAGUUCUGGUAAUCCUCAUCCCUGUGGGACUUCUGAAGUCUAAGCAAUACCUGGGUUGUGCUCAGAGAGCUCUGAGGAUGCAAACAUGGGGUUAGUUAUUGUAUUUUUAAUCUGUGCUGAGAAUAAUUUGCUGACCCAGGCAGCUGGGGUUAUUUUAGUGAUGGCCAAGGGGUGGGAGCUGGUGGGGAAGGCUGAUCUCAGCCCCAAUUAAUGCAACCAAACAAACUAUGAGUUACAAAUGAGCUCCAUAACAUGUUCCUUUAGUGGUACCUAAACCAUCGCUUCAGUGAGAGGAAUGGAUGUUUUUUAUGAUUAUCUCAAAAUCUACUCUAGAAGUAUUUGUCCUUUCAGCUAAAAGAAAUCCUUCUGGAGCUGUUCCCACAGGUCCAAGAACCACCCCCUCAAGCUCUGAGCUCGUGUCACACCUUGUUUCUUCAGCAAAUCUGCCAACAGGCUUUCCUUUAUACCCCAGAAAUCACCCCUAUGGUGUCACAAACAGCAAAAAACCUGCAUGAAAUGAGAUGAAAAACGUGCCCUGGCAGCAGGAGAAAUGGUCAGAUAGGCAAAACCAGGCUCUCCUCACUCAGCCACGAUGAAAUCCUUGCUUGUUUUCGUGCAUGUUAGAGCAGCUCAGGGCAACUGGUUCUGCUCCGAAGAAAGGAAGAGGCUGAAGAGAGGGGAUUUAUUUGAGAAUAAACAUCCCAGGCAAGGCAGCGCUUUUACCUCUUGAGUAAAAUCAUUCUCCUCAGCUGGAUGGGUAAAUAUUUGUCUGCUCCUCUCUGUGGUGGAGGGGAUGGGGCUCAGUGUGGCUCUGCAGAGCAGAGAGCAGAGCAGGUGUGGCACAUUCAUGCUUUGGUGUGUGCUCUGUGUUUCCCCUCUGCUGUUCCUGGAGCACUGGGAUGCUCUGGCCUUGGUUAGCUGGGCUUGGAAUCACCAGGAGGGCUCCUCUUUCACCCCUCAUCAUUGCAUCUGGCCAAGUUUUCCAGACUCUUCCAGGUUGAAGAUGAUUUUCUUGAAAGAAAUUUCUCAUUUGGGGGAACAGCACAUAUCUGUGAUCUCCAGGAGGUGGAUUUCUUUGUCUCACUCAAUUAAUGGCUCUAGGCCUGUGGUUUUGGAGGGUAGUGCUAAGUAAAAAUCCUAGUGAAGUCUCUUCUGGCCUGCCCUGGGGAAUGCACAGUCCAUGUCUUUAACCCUCUGGGCAGGAAUGUGCUGCUGUCAGUGUCACACUUGCAAGCAGAUAAGGUUUGAGCAUGAGGAAAAAAAAAAUCUGACUUUGUGUAGGGCUCCAACCAGAGGGAGCCUGAGGAGGAACAGUGUAGGUCCUCUGUGCAAAACAAACUGUGGCUCCUAAAACAACUCCCAGUGUGCAGUUUCAUUCUUUAUUUAUUGCCAGGCUUGCAAGGAGGAGCUGCUGGGAGAAAUUUCGUGUUCCUUCAGCACAACUCUGCCCUGAAGCCCUCGGCAGCACUGCCACUGGGGAGUUUAUCCGUUUGUGGUGUGUGGCUGGGAGCUUGUUUGCUCUCCCCAGCUCAGUGCUUUCCUCUCAUCUUGCCCAAAAAUCCCCAAGAGCUUUGUCCCACCAGCCCAGGGCUUUGUCCCAGCCCCUGAGAGGCCCAGGCUGCCCCAGGGACAGGGGUCUCAGUGGAUUUCCCAAGGCAGGAGGGCUGUGCUGGGGGAUGCCGCUGAGAGCCCCAGCACCUCUGGUGUGCAGCAGGGAGAUUGGAGAGCAGAGGUGGAGGGUUCGUGUGGAAAUGGAGCUUGGAUGAGCUGCCAAACUUCUCUGCUUUAGCAGGGCUUGUUUGUAGUGGCUUUGCUGAGCAGAGCAGUGCAAGGCAUUCCUUUCUGACCCAGAUCCUUCCACACCAGUCCAUGCCCGGCCCAGGCUGAACCAACCUGCGUUGUGCCAUGACCCUGUUGCUGUGAAUGCAGCCUUCCAUGGGAUGAGGGAAGCAAAGCAGCUCAGCAGUCCCUGCCCUGCUCCUUCCCUUCCUGGAGAAAAGCCAUGUACGCUCAGAGCUGCUGCUGGCAGAGCCCAGACCCUCCCUCAGUACCCACAAGCCAUCAAAGUGCUCCCAAAAAAAUGGUGUAAAUUCAAGAAAACAUGAAUUGCAACCCUUGAGGGUACAAUGCAGAUCAUCUGUGCUGUAAUUUUGCUGCUCUUUCUGAUUUCUAGGCCUAUUCUGUUGGUAUUUCUGUCUCUUGUUGCACUUGAAGCUGAACCUCUGUCCCUGUAUGUGCUCUGCUACGGUUCCAGCAUGAUGUAAAUGCACUCCGUACUGUGACAGCAUGCGGCUGUUGCACUGUAAAUAUGUACCAUGAAGAGAGAGGCUAUUUUUUGCAUGCUUUUGUACUGUAGAACUGAUGAGAAGACGACAAUAAAUUCCACAGAGAUGACGCUGGCUGUAAGUGCAGUUCCUACGGCAGCUGCCAAGCGCAGCCCCAGCCCGAGCCCGGCUCUCAGCCCAAGGCUCCCUUCAGCCCUAAGGCUGGGGCCGGCUCUAAGCCCGGCCUAAGCCCCGGCUGGCGCUGGCCCCGCCCCCUCGCUGCGAGCCACGCCCAGUAGCUGUCUGUCAGAGAGCACUCCGCCUCUCCACCAAUCAGAUCGCUCGGUCUCGUCCGCGCCCCGCCCAUCACAGCCUUCUGCCUGUCGGCCAAUCAGGUCACCCGCUGCCGUAGCGGCCCCGCCCCCUGCAUCACAAAAGCCUCCACUAUUCGCUCCGGCCCCCAUUGUGUCGUCACUGAGUUGCUAUUGGCUGUCGGCGAGGGGGCGGGCCUUCAGCCGCCUAUAUAAAGGGCCGCAGGAGGGCAGGGCUCGGUGAGCGCGCAGCGGCGGCGGCCAGGGCAGCUUCAGCUGUGAGCCCUCGGCCCUCCGACGCCGGAGCCUCGGGCCGCCCCUGCCUCGGGCUGCGGGGGGUGUGCGCCGGGCUUGGGAGGGAGGUGGGAGGGCCCUUUCUGGCAGCCUGCACCGGACCCGCCAUCUCCCCCAUCCCCAAAUAGGAGGGGAACAAAGUGCCGGCCCCCCCAGGCCGAAGAGGGGCAGACAGAAUGCCGACCCCUCAAAAUCGGAGAAGGAUGGAGGGCACCCCCAGCCGGUCAAAGGCAAGUAGGUCGCAGAACGGCCGGGGGCUGCGAGGACGGCGACAGCGGCGCGCCCCCCCAAAUCGGAGGGACGCAGAGAGAAUGGCCAUUCUGGCCCCCCAGAGUGGAGGACGAUGGAGCCAGCGCUCCCUGAACCGCGGGGGGACCGGGACCCCGCGCCGGCCCUCCCUAAGUCAGAGGGGCACAGACACAAUGCCAGGUCCCCCCAUAUCUGAGGGGGACAGACGCAGAGGGUCCCCCAGAAAGCGGAUGGGGACCGAGACCACCUCCAGCCUUGCAAAGGUAAGGAGGAUCGAGAAGCUGCCCGUCAUCCUGCAGGAGGAGACGGAGGAGGACGCGUCUUUCCCAAGCAUCCCCCAGGGCGAGAGGGACGGAGACGCCUCGAGCACUGCCCCCCCUUCCCCCGCCCCCAUGGAUGAAGCAAAAUAAAAUUGGCAGAAGGCCAACUGAACCGCA